AUGAGCAAACAGCGUGAACGCGGGAAGUAGGCGAGGCGCGCGCGAGCUGCGGGGUCGAGUGUGGAGGGCUCGCUAUGUCUGCCGGGUCGGCGGACUCGCCUCCAGUGCCGGCACCAGGCCGGCGUAGGAGGGCCCUGUCCGAGCUGCUGGUGGGAAGAGUCAAUAAACAAAAAUACAAGCCUGAAAGGGAACAGAAACUCCAGGAAGCAGCUGUGCACCUCCUGAAAUGCUAUCAGAACUUGAACGACCUAUUUCUUGAGGUAGACAGUACACAAUGUAAAAAAACAUUGUGUUUUAGCAAUUUAAGUGACCAUGAAAGCCCUGGAGUGCCAGGUACACAUUCUAAGUCAUUUGUAGUCUCUGCUCUACAGGAACAAGCUUCAAAGAUAGGUGUUCCAGUGGGAAUCCUGUCAGCUCAGACAACUGUCUCCAGCCUCCAGCAGCUAUGCCAGGUUCCAGAGGGAUCCCAGCAGGCUGCUCUACUGAACUUGGAACAGCGGAAGAAAUUAUCCUCCCUGCUAGAUAUUGCCCAAGAUUUAUUGGAACGUGGUCUCUUUUGUCGUUUUUCUUUCUGUCAAGAAAUUUGGAAGGUGCAGAGUUCAUUGGUACUUGAAGCUGUCUGGGAACUUCACUCAAAAAGCAUUAUUGGCAUAGAAGAGCUGCUGGAAAGCCAUUCAGAUUCCCAGAUUGUGGUGGAUUGGUUAUAUAACAACUUGUGCCUUGUGUGUGAACAAAUGGAAAACUCCAACCAGGAAAUGGAAGUUGCUGGGCUUAUAUUUUCUGAUUUCAUGAGAAUUUUUGUUCUGAGGGGAUUUCAGAAAAUACCAGAUCUGAGAAGAAAUGUAGAACUUGAAAAGGUGCCCCAGAUCUGUGUGGCUGUUCUCCAGAAAAUACUGACUUAUAUUCUUAGUGCUCUUGCUACUGAAAUACAAGAAGAAUCAUCUACAUUCAAGGCAGUGAAAUGUUGGUUAAAUAUUUUCAAAUGCUCUGUUUAUGGCAGUAUGGUUCCACCAGAUUCUCUGCAAAGAUUUUUUUCUUACACCUUGACUCAGAUACUUAUUUAUAAUCCUGUUCUAAAAGUGUGUGAUGCCAUUCAAAGGCAGAAGGAUUGGAGCUUUGCAAAAACUUGUCCUUUGCUCACUACCUUAUAUCGAAGGCUGUUUGUAAUUUUUAGCCCCAAAGAGCUGAUUGGGCAUUUGCAAGAAGUCCUGGAAACACAUGAAGUCAACUGGCAGCUUGUGUUGUCUUGUGUAUCUACGCUGGUUGUGUGCUUGGCUGAAGCACAGCAACUUAUUAAAGAUUUGUUGGCCCAUUUGAUGAUUAAAGCUUUUGAGAGUUAUGACUUAGAAAGCAUGAUCACUGCAUUCCUUAUAGCUCGACAGGCUGCUCUGGAGGGACCUUCUGUGUUCAUUCCUUAUGCAGAUUGGUUUAAGGUUUCUUUUGGGAAUGUUAGUGGUUACCAUGGCUGCAGUAAGAAAGCUUUAGUUUUCUUAUUCAAGUUUCUUUCAGACCUAGUACCCUUUGAAGCCCCACAGUACAUGAAGAUUCACAUUCUUCAUCCACCAUUGGUACCAGUAAAAUACCGGUCUUUGCUUAUGGAAUAUAUCACUCUAGCCAAAACUCGACUGGCUGAUCUCAAGGUUGCUAUAGAAGAUAUGGGACUUUAUGAGGAUUUGUCAUCAGCAAGAGAAGCUGUAGAGCCCCACUGCCAGGCAGAACAAGAUGUUGAAAAAGCCAUUCAGGUAUUUGAACACACAGGGAAGAUCCCAGUAACCGUAAUGGAAGCCAGCAUAUUUAGGAAACCCUACUAUGUGUCUCGCUUUCUCCCAGCUCUGCUCAUACCUCGUGUGCUUCCUGAAUCUCCUGAUUCCCGAAUGGUUUUUAUAGAUUCCCUCAGAAGAGCUGAUAAAAUUCCUGCAAAUUUGUAUUCCAACUACCUGCAAGCCUGUUCUGCUGCAGAAGAGAGGCAACUACAAGACCAGGUAGUAAAAAUGGAGACUGAUAAUGCUGGAGAACCACUGGAGCAGUUAAAGGGUGAAUUAGAAGAGUUGAGAAAUUUGAUAAUCGACCCUGCCAAUUAUGAUGCUUUGUCUGCUCAGAUUGCAGUGAUCUCUGAAAAACUGAAAUUUGUUCUGGGGUCCAGUGAUGACAGUGGAAUUGAGAUAUCAAGGAUUCACCUUAACUUCUCUUCUCUAAAACUUGGGCAACAAGAACAGAAAGUCACUGAUGUUUUGCUGACAUCUUUUUGCCAAAACCUAAUAGUUUCUUCCAAAUAUAAUUCACCUGAUAGUCAAGGUUCCUGGCCAUCACUAUUUGUGAAGAUGAUCUGUGGACACAGGCCACUUCUUCCUGCAUUGCUUGCCAGGUUCUGCCAACUUAUUUACCACCAGGGUGAGUGCCUGACUGACAUUCAUGUUUUAGGACUAGCAGUCCUGGCAAUUCACCUAAAUGAGUCAAAGGCUUUUGUUCCAGAAUUGGUUCUUGAAACUUCUGCCUAUGCAAAGACUUGCUCAGUCACAGCAUUCUGGGAAAACCUUCUGACAUAUAGAACCCGAGAUUCUUUUUCUCUUUGCAUAAGAUUUUGUGUUGCAGCAAUUUCUUAUUCUUUGUGCAAAUUUUCCUCCCAGUCACAUGAUGUUUUGUGUAACUGUUUACCUGCAGGCCUCAUUAAAAAGGUACAAUUUGUUGUGCUUCGAAUGUACUUGGAAUCUCGAACAACUUGUCAAGAAGAUUUGGUGGAUCUCCCUUGGAGGAAUUUGUCCUCUCCUUCUGUGGAUUGGAAGAAAGCUGCCCUAUGUUUGUGGAAGCAAAAAAAAUUCCAAGAACUUUUAAAAGAGAGAGAAUGUCAACUAACUUACAAAGAUUGGCUGCUGUUUGAGAUGGAAGUUAAACCUGACAAUGAUAUUCUUUCAGAUGCAGAAAGACAGUAUUUUCAUCAGUGGGCUUUGUAUCAGCAAUACCUUCCAGAAUCUUCUGUGGCUGGAGGCUGUGAUGGAGAUUUGGAAAAAGCAUGCGCAAUUCUUAUUGAGACAGCAGUGGAUUUCUGCCUGAGGCCCAAUAGUUGUCAUCACUUGGACAGUUCAGAAUUGCCCCUUUGUGGCAAUACAGUGAAUCGUGAUGUUCUGUCCAGAUUACAGGAAAUGGUGCUGGAACUGGAGCUGGAAAGGUGGAGGAGCUCAAACACUGGCUCAUCAGAUGAUGAGGGACAUUUCUUGUUCAGAAUUUUUAAAAAAAGGUUACAGACUUUGGGCAAUGGUUCAACUGUUGGGGAAAGACUCUUAAGGCAUCAGGAGCUGCUUGUGUACAAAAGUAUUCUCCUGGGUCUUCCUCCUUCAGUUCUCAUCAGUACCCACCGGGAAGGAUGGCAAAGGUCUUUGCAUUGCAAAGAUUUCUUUCACUUUGUCAACAAAGAAUUGAAAAACAUCUCUCCUAGAGAAUGUGCCCUGGCCCAUGACAUCACCAUCCACUUCUUCAGGGGUCUCCUGAGUGCCUGUCUAAAUUGCAGAGAGCCAUCCAAGGAGGUUAACUUGAUUCUGACUGCUUGUCAAACCCAAUGUCCAAUAAUCCUGUCCUCUGCGGUGUUAUGGUGGUCGAGACUGGAGCCUGUGGUUCAGUGCCAGUGGAAAAGACACUUCCAGACUGCAUUGCCCCAGGAAUUAACAAACAUAGCCACAUGCCGGGAGUUUGCCAGGACUUUUGUAUCCUCUGAAGCAGUGCUUUCCUCCAACUUUUGCACUCCCUGGAUUUCUGCUGCUUCUCUGUAUUUCAUCAUUCAUCAACAAGCAGCCCAAGAAAUCAUGAAAACAACUCUGAAGAAUUUGGAAUGUGAAAGAGAGGAGCUGUUGCUCCCUCUUUUCUUCUUUUCCCUUAUGAGCCUUCUCUCAUCAUAUCUGGCACCAAAUGAUGGAAUGAGUUCCCUGAAACCUUUAAAUAUUUGUGCAGAGGUCCUUGGAUGCUUGGAGAAAAGAAAAAUAUCCUGGUUGGUUCUCUUUCAAUUGACAAAGAAGGAAAAUGUAUCAAAUGGAAGGUAUCAAGUUCUUUUACAUUUGGCCCCAGACCAGUACAUCAGGAUGUUGCCUUUCACCUUCUACAGCCUUGUUGCCUACUUUGAUGAAGAUCUUUUUAACAGAGAGCAAGCCUUUCUGUAUGUUGCUGUUGACAUGUACCUGAAGUUAGUCCAGCUUUUUGUAGCAGGAGAAACCAGUGCAAUUUCAGCCAAAGCUGGCUUCAGCCAAGAGCACUGCAAACAGGUGGAUCCUUUAGAGCUGAUAACAAAAGCUCGGCUAUUUCUGCUGCGUUGGAUACCACGGUGUCCAAAGAGAAGCUUUUCGGGCAUAAUGGAGCUCUUGGCUACCUGUGAAGAGUUUGAUGCAGAGAUGAAAGCUGCCCUUCUGAGUAACCAGCAGUCCCUUGAAGAUGCCGACUUGUACCGUGAACCUCUUCUCUUCUGAAUGGUUUGUGCUGUGCGUGCCCUGUCCUAAGGAUGACUUUUGUUGGUACACAGUUUGGCUAGAGUUCCUGAGCAGUUUUAAGCUGAGAAACAGAAAGACCACUUUCUCACUGGAGAGAGGCAGUGGAAUACCACUGUUCACCAGCCCAGGAUACUUUGUAAAUAAUUUAUUACAAGCAUAACCACGGAGCUCUUGUUACACUAAAAAGUGGAUUACAAAUGUCUUCAAUUGCUUUGGGGCAGGGGUAAUCAAUUAUUUAAGAUCUGAGCAUGAUUCCAAAUCACUCGCUUUUCCAGAAGAAAUGAACCUCUUGUCCUGCCAAAGAGCUACAGUACUGACUUGAGGGGCUGUUCUGUGACUGAGAAUGUGAGGAUACCCUACUUCUACCAAUCCACAGGGGGAAGCAGAUGUUAUACACAUCUACCCAUACCCUUAGAGUGAUUCCAUUCCAUUUAAACAUUGCCCCAUGGGACAUAUGCACAGGCAAAAAAAUUAAAGCAUGGUUAUCUUUGUGUUGGAGCAAGCUGAAACUAUUGCCUUUGAGUCCAGUUGAAUUGGAGAAACUAUUAAAAUUGUUAAAAAUUCUAUUUGAUCAUUUGAUUUGUACAAGGAUGAAUGACUCUUAUCCACACUGAACCUUUCCAGGCUUUCAGGUGGGUUCCUGUUGUGCAACCAGUUCAGGUUUGACAGCCUGACUUUCCAUCGUCCCUGAGGGGUUCAUUAGACCAGUUGGCUGCUCAUUCUGCAGUGGUUUGGCUUUGUCCUGGUUCUGGGUUAGUGGAUGCACCAUGGACAUGUGGACAUUUAGGUUGUGAGCCUUCUCAAACCGCCGGCCACACUGGUCACAGGCAAAUUCCAGCUCAGUCUCCGCUUUAUGUUUGGUCAUGUGGUACUUCAGAGAUGCUCGCUGCCUGCACUGGAACCCACAGAUUUCACAUCUGAGAGACAGGGAGAGAGUGAAGGAUGGAUCUGAUGAGGGGUCUGAACUGCCACUUAAAAAUUAUCCAGACUCGCUAGCUCUUUCAAGGAACAUGAACACAGAUUUAACCUUAGCUAAAAGCUCUUUUUUUUUUUUAAAGAAAACAAAACUACUGUUAAAUUAGCAGCUGCAUGUCUGAAGAGAUGAUAUGAGUAAAUGCAUUUUUCAAAUCAUCACACGUUUCCCCUGUGGUCUCACUGCAGGAAGGGGAAAUAAGAUGAGACCCAUCCCUUUCUCCCCUUAACUAAAAACUGCAGCAUCCUAAAACUAAGUCAUUAGGACUGCCCAAACCACACUUACUGGAGGGGCUUUGCUCCUGAGUGACGCAUCUGGUGAACUGAAAGAUGCUUCCGCUGUUUGAAUGUCUGCCCACAUUCAUCACAGAUAUAAUUCCGUACCUCUGCAAUGCCCAAAAAAAGUGAGAUUCAAAUGCAAUUUCCCUUUCACAGUUUCUAAAUAUAACCAGAGAGAGAAGGCAAACUGUUUCAGUGUCUGUUUUUAUCCUAAUUUCUACUUCCAAGUAAGAUGACUAGUUGAAGAGGAAAAAGAAGUGUUAAUGUCUGCUUCAAAAGCAAUAGGUAAUAGCUACAUGAUUAGAGUGGGGUUUUCCAGGGUAAACUUAACACUGUUUAUAAAGAAGUGAUCAAAAAAAAAAGCCAAGUUUAAGUGAAAGGAAAUGUUGCCAAAUAAAGAUUGCCAGCUCCUUUUUGGGGGUGGGGUGUGUGUGUUAAUAAAAUUAUCUGCUAAUCACA